AUGGCAUAGUAAUUGUAUUACUUUUAUCUGACAUAAAUCCGUGAAUAAUCAUCCCCAUGAUACAAUUAUUAACCGUGUUUCGAUCUUGAGUGUGCACUUCAAUUCUAGUCAACGAACUUAUAAAUAAUCGCCGUAACAAGCAAUUACAUCCAUCUCGAGUUCUGAUAACAUUCAAUUAAGAUAAGACCAUGCUAGAAAUGACUGUAUAUUAAACUCAACACUCCGUGACCUUCGGGCGUUCCCUUUUUUGGGAGAUCAUGCCUGUGAGUGCAGCUGUAUAACGAGAUCACCUCUUUCGAAACGAAAUGUGUUUUGUAAACAUCGAUAAAUGGUUUCAAAAAAGGCUGGCCAUCCGAUUUGUUAUUCUAAUCAGCUCCGUCUGCGAUCGUAUCUUUUUUGACGACAGUUUAGUUUUAUCGAAUAUUCUUCAUAGUGGCACAUCGUAGUCUUCUUUUCGAAUAGGAGGUCAAAAAGACGAACAUUCAGACAGGAAGAUCCCUUUGCCAUUAAAAUCCCUUGAUCCCCGACUUUCGCUUUUUAUGUUUACUGGAAGAGAACAGAGGAAUCACGCGGAUCUCUCCCCGAGGCUUGUGACUCUUAAUGAUACGUGUUAUCAUUCAAUUCUCUAACUGAAAGGAAAACAAAUCCUCCCUCAUUCUUUUUUCAGUCUUUUUAGCCAGACUGCCAGCUUUUUUCGGAUUGUUGGACCUUUGAAGGCGAGAAUUUCGAAGCCACGUCCUCAGAUUCCUUGAUUCUAAUGUCUUUUUUUGUUCACCAAUAUAUUUUAUACUGUGAUUAACAUAAUAAGACAACAAAAACGUUUGUUUUAAUUGCAAUCACGAGUCUUCCUUGAAAGGGAAAGGCGUUUCAAACCAUUUCUUGACAUGAAGAUUAUAAAUUCAUCUUUAUUCUCACAUCACUCUAGGGGAAUCUUGCGCUUAAAAUUACUUUGACUCUGUUCUAAGAGAGGCAAAUAAGGUCUGGGUAAUAUUCGAAUUGUUUAUACGACUCUGGGCCCGUAUGGAAAAAGUAAACACGCGUGGACACGCCAUUUACUGACAUCACGGGACACGUAAACAAGGAUUUCGUAUCUUGCAUUCCUGCUUUUUUAACUUAUUCAUACUCCGAAGCCUUCCUUCACUUAUACUGGAUAACCUAAUUAUUUUUUCCUUUUCUGUAAAAUUAUCCAUAUUCAUCGUAUAAAAUCGAUUCCCCUAAAAGUUAACGUUCUAGGACGCAGCUCGGGAAAGGUCUCACGGGAGUAGGCGUGUUUUUAGUUUUUUACGUUAUUUUUUACAGAAUUUAGGUAAAGUAACACCAUUCUUACCUCUUGCUUUUAGGGUAAACGAGCAAAAGCAGCAUCAAUCGCUGGAUUUAUGGCUUCUGCCAAAACACCAAAAAACGGCGUGGAUAAGGAAGAAACCGUCGUAGUGGAGCCGAUCCACAUUGACCCCGAGGCCGUUCGCAAGGCCAAAGAGCAACGUGAUCGGCUCCAGAGCCAGGAGAGUAUGAAGAGCGGCAAGGGAAACAACAGUAAGGUAAUAUUUGCAUUUUUUUUUGAUUUUGGACAUUGAUACGGUUUUUUUAUCGUUUCUUUUGCAGAACCGUCGCUCCAGCCAGAAUUUCAAUGGCCAAAACUCGGUUGAGAAGAACGGCGACAGCCAUAAUGCGAAUGAGCGUCGUCAAUCUUACAAUCGACACCAGUACAACUCGCAAAAUAAGAGCAUUGAUCAGAGAAGACCAUCAACAAAGAGUCGGACGCUUUCCAAGGACAAGUCUCAGGACGGAGCCGUCUCAGCUGACGAGAAAAAGAGAAAUCGUUCUUCGACCACGGCUUCUGAAGGCCGUUUCCGAAAUAAGAGUUAUUCCGUCAACUCCAAUGGCGAAAGCUUUGAAUACGACGAUUGUGAGUCCUGUGUUGUAAUUAUAUUUUUUUAAACUUUUAGAUGAACUUGAGGAACCUUUCUCUGAUUCGGAGGACGAAGAAAGUCGUGGCCCUCAGAAGCCGUCUCUGAUCAUCCCCAGAGGUCGGAUUCGAACGCUCUCUGGAACUGUUCCGCCAGUUGGAUUCUCUCCUAAAUGGGGUGGACCUACUAUGUGUUUGAGCUGUUUGCAGUUCUUUGAUCUGCCGGAUUUCAUCGAGAAAUUCUCUGAUCACCUGUUGACUGAGCAUAAGAUCCUGAUCGAAGAAAUGGAAUUGAUCGUUGAUCCAAAGAGGUAAGAAAUCUUAUCUGUUACAAUGUGUUGGAUUAAGAUAUGUCGAGCACUGGCGACAACGGUUUGCCAAACAAAGCAUUGCGGAUAUCUUCCCCAAAAUCGAGCCGAAGGAGGGUGAUCCUCAUUUUGGCAAAGUGGAUUAUUACUUCCAAAUGUCGGAGAGGAUCCCCGAAGAUUACUCUCUCCGUCAACGAUUGGCCAUGCGUCGUUUGGAGGAAGCUUUGUCUUGCCAGCAAAGAGAACGUGAUGACACGACUCUUACUCUUCCCUGCAUUUUUUGUCGUUAUGUGGCCAGGGGAAAUCGUUCCAAGAUUAUCCACCAUCUUUACAUGAUUCAUCAUUUGAAUCUGGGGUCUCCGGAUAACUUGGUCUUCGUAAAUGAAUAUAUCGAACAUCUGAGAGAAAAGAUGCAGAGAAAUGAGUGCAUUUUUUGUGAAAAGACAUUCCCGGACAGGAAUGUUUUGAUGGAACAUAUGAGAAAGAGAAAUCAUCGAGAGGUCAACCCCAGCAACAACUAUUAUGACAAGUUCUACAUCAUCAACUACUUGGUAAGAAAAUUUUGAUUUUUUAUUUUCUCGUUUUUAGGAGCUUGGUAAACGUUGGUUAGAAGUUUUGGCCGAGGACUUCGAAGAUACGAUGCCAACAUUUGUCGAUUCAGACGACGAAGAAGAAGAAGAAAGCUGGCACGAGUGGCAAGAAGAUAACACUGAUGAGGAUCAACUACGAGUUGUUUGUUUGUUCUGCACCAACAAUCAGGCAGACAUUCCAUCCAUUGCGGAACAUAUGAAAGAUAAACAUGACUUUGACGUCGUCAAAUAUAUCGAAGAAAACAAGUUGGACUUCUAUGAAAGAGCCAAGCUUCUCAAUUUCCUCAGGAAGAAGGUUGGUUCACUUAUUUUUACUAAAAUUUUUAAUUUGUCUAACGUCACUUUUUAGUACCACAACCCACAAAAUCGUCCCAUCUCUGCUGACAACAGCGACAAGGCCGAGAUACCUGAGAAAACGGAAUGGGAUACCGAAGAAAACCUUGUCCCUUUCUUCGGAAAUGAUCAUUUGGUGUGGAUGUUGGAAUCAUAUCUGGAAUCCAAAAAUUCGAAUGGAGAGUUGAAGAUGGAAGUGCCUGAGGCGGGAGAUGCCAAGGAUCUGAUCGACCAAUCCAAGCAGAACACUGUUGACGGAGUGGUCGCCGAGGAUCUUCCCGACCUCGCGGAGAGUGUACUUGCCAAGGAUGAGUUCUACAAGACCCUUUCGUAA